GUGCGAACAUCUUCAAUCCAUCGCCCCUCAACCCACAACCACAUACACCGAUGGCCGUACGGAAGACACGUUCAAAACGCCCUACGCGUGGCUCAGAUAACCGACGAGUUGGUGUCCGUACCGCCCACGCAGAGGCAAUGUCGGAGUCGCCGGUCGCUCAUCCCGAAACCCCAUCACGGAUCUCGUGGGCGGACACCCUCGCCGCCUUAGAGCGAGAACCCAUGGCAUCGCAGAUCCAGCGGCAUAAACAGUGGAAACGAGAUGGCUCGAUCCACGAAACAUACUGUCGGGUUUGCUUCCGCGAGGAGAACCUGGAGCCAUGUGUGACCUGUCGACUGGCAUUUCACGCCCACUGUCUGCCGACCGGGUGGAUGCGAGAUACCGACCACCACAUGUUCUGCUCUGCCUGUGUCCGGCGCGAGUGGCAUAUCUCUCCUCCGACACUGACACCUCCUACCUCCCCACGACCGGCGGGGGUAGAGACAUCAGGUGCAGCUCCCGCCGCCUCUCCCGCCCUCCAUCCGAGCACACUGUCCUCUACUCCUUUGCCUCAUGGCAGUCUAUCUCAUACCAAGCCGCUCAUUUUCUCCCCGCUCCCCGGACACAGCCUCUUACACGAACCCAAUCCAGCCAACGACAGCACUAUCUUCGCCCCGCACCCCGACCCAUCCCCCCCGCCAGCCCGCCGCAACCGCAAGUCCCGGUACACGAACCUCCCCGCCGAUGUCGACGCCUCGCUGAACGUCCUCUACCGCGAACUAGAGUCGAACGCGUCGCUGCGGCUCGAGAACGAGGACCUGCGCGAGGAGAACCUGCGGUGCCAGCAGAUCAUCAAGAUUCGGGAUAUGAGCCUGACGGCGCUGCGGCGCGAGGUGGAGUAUCGGCGGUCGUCGGAGCAGGAGAUGGAGACGCUGCGCGCGACGGCGGCGCAGCUGGAGAGCGCGAGGAAGGAAGUGCAGGAACUGCGGGCGCGGAAUGAAGCGUUGGAGGCGGAGCUGGAGCGGUCGAGGCAGGAGGCGGUUGAGGCGAAGGAGAUGGUGAGUGAUUGGAAGGCGAAGUUAUCUACGCUAUUAGGGAGCUGAACGCAUACGGAAACUCGGAUGUCUUUGUUGUCGGGCGUCUGAACUUGUAAUCAUAGACAUGAUUUGGUUUAUUGGCAAUUCUAGCUGUCGUCGAC